GACCAAGCGAAGCGCCGGCACUGGAGUGGGCGUGGCCUCGGUGUGCGUACCUGUCCUCGCGGGCGCUCAGUGUGGCAGCAUGACGCUCUCUAGCGCCCCCACUCUGCGCAGAGGAAGCAGUCCCUUACCGCUCAAACACCAGCUGAGGAGGGAGGAAGCUCUCAGCGAGGAUUCUGAUUGGACAUCAGAGCUGGGCGGGGCUCCUGCGCCACCUAUCAGUGUCAGCUCUGCGGGGGACAGGGUUCUCACAUCGGCGGCAGGGGGCAGGGAGGGCGGAGCCCUGCGAGUGGUGCUGCUGGGGCAAAAUGGGGUGGGAAAGUCAUCGCUCGCGCUUGCCCUCGCCGGAGAUUUUGACCGAGCUGCAUCUGUGGAUUCUGAUGGGGAGGGCUAUGUCCGCACGGUCACCGUGGAUGACCAGGAGAGCACUAUUGCCAUAUAUGACAACUGGAGGCAGGACUUGUCCACCCUGCAGUGUGAGGUGUGUCUCCUUGUCUUCUCAGUAACAGACAGGCGAAGCUUUCACCGAACUGCCCAGCUGCGCCUCCUCCUGAGGGAAAUGCAGCCGCACACUCCCAUCAUCCUCGUGGGUAACAAGAGCGACCUGGUGCGCUCACGGGAAGUCACCACAGAGGAGGCCCAGUCCAGCGCAGACUUGUUCGAGUGCUGCUACCUUGAGCUUUCUGCCUCUCUGGACCACCGCACCUCAGAGCUGCUGGAGGCCGCGGUUCUUGCGGCUCGUGGUCAGCAAGUAGUACUGGAGGCCUCCAGCGGGGGGAGCCGCAGGGAGAGCAUAACCAGCAAGGCUAAGCGCUUCCUCUCCAGCUUGGUGCCUCGCUAUCCACGUGAGCGGGACGGGGGCAAGUUCUGCAGGCAGAAGUCUCGUUCCUGCCACGACCUGUGGGCGCUGUAAGAGGCUGCAGAUGAGGGGUGAGGGGACAGUGAAGUGGGCUGGAAAAGUGAUGCAGCAGGAGAGGGGAUCCAACUCUGAGAUUAGCAGAGGGGGUGUUGAAGAGAAACAGACCGUGGCGAAAGAAUGAACGGCAGGAACCGAGGGAGCAGGAUGGUGAAAUGACGGCUCUUACACGGCAGAAUGAGCUUAGGCCUCAAACAGGAUAAACAC